UUGUUACUUGAAGAACCCAAUUGACCUUUAUGGUGUUCUUUAAAACUUUUUAACCCGAAAAAGAAAAAAAAAGAGUGAAGAUUCCACAGCUCAAAAAGAAAUAUAUAUAUAUAUAUAUAUAUAUAUAUAUAUAUAUAUAUAUUUAUAUAUUGGUAUGAAUUGAAAGAUAGAUCCCACCGAAAUAAAUUAAUAAAUUCACCAUACACCUAUCUUCAUAUAACUCCUUAGAAUUCACCAUCUUUUGUUAUAUAUUUUUAUUUUUUGAGCUGUAAUUGGCACAGGAGUACUCUCUGCUGUCAUGCUAGGCGUUUCGGGUUUGUUAGGCAAUCCCGGCGACGGUGCUCCAGCUGUGGAAGCUCAUGAAGACGGCGGCGGAGGAGGAGGAGGAGGAGGUGGUGGUGAAAUGGGUGGGGUUGGGUCGAGUUCCGGUGGAUUCAGUGAAGAAGAGAAAGGUAGAGGUGAAGACGGUGAGCGGAACUCCGGUGGAAACCGGUGGCCGAGGCAAGAAACAUUGGCUCUGUUGAAGGUAAGGUCCGACAUGGACGUUGUGUUUCGAGAUUCGAGUCUCAAAGGUCCCUUAUGGGAAGAGGUUUCGAGGAAACUAGCAGAACUUGGGUAUCAUCGAAGAGCCAAGAAAUGCAAAGAAAAAUUCGAGAACGUCUACAAAUACCACAAGAGAACCAGAGAAGGCCGAGCCACCAAAUCAGACGGCAAGACCUACCGGUUUUUCGAUCAAUUAGAGGCCCUCGAAAAUCAUCCAGCUCCUCCUCUUCUCUAUCUUCCCCCACCGCCGAAGCCUCAAACUCCGGUGGCAGCAAUGCCGGGGACUAAUCCCCCAAUUGUGUCACAUUUCACUGUUCCAUCCACCACAAACCCUAUAAAUGUAUCAUCACAAAACAAUGCCACGCCAAUUAUAGACCCACUAACUGUACUGCCAACACCUACAACAACAAACCCUACAAAUCCCUCUCAAGUCAUUGGAAUCCGGUCUUUUCUUCCCAACAUAUCAACCAACCUCAUGCUCAAUUCCACCUCUUCUUCGACUUCGUCUGACCAAGAACACGAGGGGAGGCACCGGGGGAGAAAGCGAAAAUGGGAGGACUUUUUUGAGAGGAUAAUGAAGGAGGUCAUGGACAAGCAAGAGGAGAUGCAGAAGAAGUUCUUGGAAGCAUUGGAGAGACGCGAACGAGAUCGGAUGGUGAGAGAAGAGGCUUGGAGGGUACAAGAGAUGGCAAGAUUGAAUAGAGAGCAUGAGCUUUUAGUCCAUGAGAGAUCCAUAACCGCAGCAAAAGAUGCUGCAGUUAUUGCAUUCUUGCAGAAGAUAUCCGAGCACCAAAACCCGAAUUUACUGUCACAAAUUCAAGUGCAAAUGCAGGAAAGUACUACUCCUCCAUUGCCACCGCCACCACAACCACCAGCACCACCGCCGCCGCCGCCACAGCAGCAGCAGCAUCAUCCACCACUACAGCUCACUAAAAUUCUAGACAAGCCGAAAACUGAUAAUGGCGGCCCCUGUGACAACUUCAUUCCAGCCAGCCCUUCUAGAUGGCCUAAAGCAGAAGUUGAAGCUCUCAUUAAGCUCCGAACCAAUCUUGAUCUCAAGUAUCAAGACAACGGGCCGAAAGGGCCUCUGUGGGAGGAGAUAUCGGCUGCCAUGCGUAAGCUCGGAUACAACCGGAGCUCAAAGAGAUGCAAAGAGAAAUGGGAGAACAUAAACAAGUACUUCAAGAAGGUGAAAGAGAGCAACAAGAAGAGGCCUGAGGACUCGAAGACAUGUCCAUAUUAUCACCAGCUUGAUGCUCUAUACAGAGAGAAAAACAAAGGUACUAUUGAUGCUCCAAUAUUCCAUCAAGUUGGAUCUGUAAUGAAACCUGAAAAUCCGGUGGCGGUGCCAAUAAUGGCUCGGCCGGAGCAGCAAUGGCCCCUUCCACUUCCCCAAGAGCAGCAAAGGCUAGAUGGGGCAAUGCCGGAUCACGAGAGCGAGAACGCGGAUGAUGAUGAGGAGAUCAACCAUGAAGAUGAAGAUGAUGUGGAUGAUGAAGACGAGGAAGAUGAUGAAGGAGGUGGUUACGAGAUAGUAACAAACAAACCAUCUUCACUAGCCACCGUUGAGUGAGACAAGAGAGAGAAAGAAAGAGAGAGACCGAGCUAGCUGCAGAGAUAAAAUGUGGGUGUGUGUGUGAGCAGAUGAUCACUGAGUUUGUGUAAGUGGGUCAUAAUCAGAUUGCAGAAAUUGUCGGACGGACGGUAUGUGGGGUCAGAUUCCGGCUGGUGUGAGAUAGGGCGGUGAAAGAGCCUGGGAGAAUGCAUAAACACAACACAUGGGUGGGUUGUAAGGCUAUAGUGGUAUUACAUGUUUUGUUUUAUUUUAUUUUAUUUAUUUAUUUUUUAUUGACUGAACUAAUAAAUCUGAGGGAGGGAGGGAGGGAGGGAGGGGGAGAAAGAGGGAGAUGUUCCAAAGAAUAAAUAAAUAGAGAGUUUUGUAUUUCUUUGUUGUAUUUAUCUUUUUGUUCAUUGAGUGUAUAAAUGUGAGAAAUGGUUACUAGUGCUUGUUUCUUGACCAGCCUAGCAUUGUUAUUGGAAA